AUGGCUGUGGCCAUCGAGAAGCAGGGGGUAAAGGGCACAGCAUACACGGGUGACGACACCGUCAACAAGGAAGAGAAGAAGCUCAAGAAAUCUGCGGCCGAGAGAAAAUUGUUGUUAAAAACGGAUCUCGUUGUGGUUCCGUUGGCGGCGUUGAUUUAUUUUACGGCUUAUCUGGAUCGAAAUAGUAUUGGUCUCGCGAAUGUGAUGGGCUUGUCGAAAGACUUGCACUUGACGGGGAACGAGUAUUAUAAUUGCUUGAUGAUGUUUUACGUCGGAUACAUCCUGUUCAUGCUCCCGGGGAAUAUUGGCUUGAGAGUUCUUCCACCGCACUAUAUCCUGGGUGGCUCAGCUUUGCUCUUCGGCACAUUUCUCACAGCCAGUUCGUGUGCGCAUGGAUAUGCUACAGUCUUGUCGAUGCGAGUGCUGCUUGGUGCAGUGCAAGCUUUUAUCCAAGGCCUCGGUUUGUAUGUUACCAUGUGGUAUAAGCGAGACGAAGUGGCGACAAGAGCAGCAAUAUACUAUUCGGCCGCCACAAUUUCUGGCGCGUUCAGCGGCUUGAUUGCAUACGGAAUCCAGAAAAGUUUGACGUUGGAGCGCACCGGUCGCGAACCGUGGAGGUGGCUUUUCAUCAUUGAAGGGUGCAUGGCCUUGUUUGUUGGCUUGUUGGUAGUUGUUUCCCUCCCCCGCUUUCCGGAUCAGUUCAGAGGAAACAAGCAUUGGCUUUUCCGGCCAGAAGAAAUUGAGCUGGCCGUCCAGCGUAUGCGGUCUUACAACACCGUCGGUGCCAAAGUCAAUCUCAAACAAAUUUGGAGCGUUUUGAAGGAUCCAAAGUGCUGGCUUUUCGUCUUGAUAAAUGCAGGUGUCGCGCUUGGAAUUGGAUCGGUCGGACUCUUUUUGCCCACUUUCGUCAAGGAAUUUGGUUUUGACACAGAAAAGACACUCCUAUUCUCCGUUAUUCCAUACGCGUGUGCCACAGUGGUCUUGCCCAUUCUCGCCAAGAUAUCCGAUCGGGUCAACGGGAAAGGAUUCUUCUUGCUGGGUUGCCUCUCUGUCGUAAGUGUCGGAUACAUUCUCCUGAUGGCAGUUUCAUCGACGGGAGUCAAGAUUUUCGCCGCAUGUUUGAUCACAUCGGGACUCUACCCUAGCGUGAUCUUUCUAGUGACAUGGUUGGGAGUCAACACGGGCGGGUUUACCAAACGAGGUACCACGUGGGCUCUGGCCGAGGUAUUUGGACAGUGCUUCUCCAUUUUGGGCACGCAUAUCUAUAAUGGGCCCCCUCGAUUCAUUAAGGGACACGCCAUUGUGCUGGGGUUCAUUGUGCUGGGCGUUGUGAAUGCAACAAUACUGCUCUGGUGGAUGAGUCGCGAGAAUAAAAGGAGGGAUGCAAUUGAGAAGGAUUAUCGUGAUCGAGGAGAGGUCCAUCCUCACGCGCCAAAAUCAUUGGAGGAGAUGCAGGAUUUCCAUAUCUCCUUUAGAUACAUCUUGUAA